CGCCUCCCCGGCGUGGACUGCACAAUCAGAUAUCUCUCAGCGUCAAAAAGUGAAAACAGUACAGAACUGAGCAAGAGCAAAUAAGCUCUUCUCUUUCUCGCGAUUCCCGCCGAGAUUGUAAGAAUGAAGGGAUUAUAAAGCUUUUGGGCGUAAAACGAUGAUUGGGGGUCAAACUCCAAAUUUCCAGCAAGACGAUCAUGUCAUUGCUAAUUAUUCAAUCGAACGACACAACGUCAAGAGAAAGUCGGUGACAAUGAUCAAUGAUGGUCAGGUUGGUAAUCCAACAAGUCGCAUUGUUUUGUCGUUGACCAAGCCAUCCUAUGCCCUCGGCCUUGGUUCCAAGCCCUUGAGGGCUGAGAACCGUGCUCGGUUGAACCGUCUUUUGCGCCGGCUCCUGAGGCAGCAAAACUGGGCUGAAGCAAGUGGCGUGCUGAGUGUGUUGUUGAAAGGGACUGGCAAAGACAAGUCACUGCCCAACAAUCGCUUCAAGUAUACGGCAUUGAUGGAGGUCCUUGCACAUGUAAGAGCUGAACAUUUUACUGCCACUAGGAUAAAAAACAUUUACGAUGUUUGGAUGAGAAAGAUUGGAAUGCCGAAAGGACGGCUAGUCGAGGAUAAAUUUGUGGUUCAUUUGGAGUUCAUCCUGUUCUGUCUUACAGAAGAGAAUUUUGAGGAUGCUCAUCAGGCUGCUCUAAGCCUCAUUCAAGAAAAUGAAUUUGUUAGAGACCCAGUCUCAUGUAUGGUUGUAGGACUUACAUUCUACCAGUUUUGGUAUUCCAAUGUCCCAAAAGAAAUGCUGUUGACAGACUCAGAAGAAGUUGCUGUCCCUCGGCAAACAAAUGAUAACACUAACUCUCAAGAAGCCGUUACAGACUAUCCCCAUAAUUCAGACUCCUCUAUCAAGGAGCAAAUAUCAUCUACGGGGUCUGAUGGCAGAUUACACAGAGAAAAUUCUGUGAGAGUUAUUAAUAGGAUGAUCGAGAUAGAAAACCCUCCACAGAACUUUCAGCCCCAAGGAUUCUAUGCUAAUUCUAAUGAAGAUACAGGAAAUAAUCUGUCUCUAUCUAAUCACGGUGUUCAAUUUCAGUACCCUCUAAAUUUCUCAGCUCUUGAAGGAUUGAACCCAUGUUUAUUGCCUGUACGGUUGCCACGAUCUUUUGAGAAUCCCAAGGAUUUUUUGCAUUUGGAUAAGGAAUUGUUUAACGACUAUUACAAAGAGGCAGUUAAGUACCUAAGACUUGCUCUUUGCUCGACUCCACCGAUAUUGGCGGCCUUACUUCCUUUGAUACAGUUGUUGCUUGUCGGAGGUCAAGUUGAUGAGGCCCUAAAUGAGCUCCUUAAAUUCUGCUGUAAUUCAAACACCACACUUCCUAUCCGAUUAAGAGCUAGUCUUUUGGAGCAUUUUGAUCGUAGAAACAAUGCCAUACUUUCCACCUGUUAUGAAGAUAUCUUAAAGAAGGAUCCUACUUGUUGCCAUUCAUUGGGAAAGCUUGUAUCCAUGCAUCAAAAUGGGGAGUAUAAUUGUGAUUCUCUAGUGGAGAUGAUAGCUUUACAUCUUGAUGCUACUUAUGCAGAGCAUAAUACAUGGAGAGAGUUUGCUUCAUGUUUCUUGAAACUUUCAGAGCAUGUAGAGGACCGAAUGUCAUGUUGUCAAAAUGGCAAUGAAAGUGGACUCGAAAGAAGGUGUUCAGUUUCUUUCAGUGAGAUCCCCAAAAUAUUUAAAGAGGGUAAAUCUAGAAACAAUUGGAGACUGCGCUGUAAAUGGUGGUUGACACGUCACUUUAGUCGCAACACACUCGCAUCGGAGAUUACUGCAGGUGAUUUGCGGCUCCCAACUUAUAAAGCAGCAUCUGCUUGUCACAUUUAUGGACCCGAGUUUGCUUAUGUAGUAGAUGUUUGCACUUGUUUAGAGGAGAAAAAUGAAAGAGAUUUGUUCUUGUUCUUGCAACUGAACUUUGGAAAAUCUAUCCGACUCUGUUCAAGCUUUGCACAAAAUAGUAGAUCCUGACUUUGUUUUAAGCAAAGAUCUUUGAUGGUUGCAUAAUUGCAUUCUGUUAGACUUGUCAUACGGUUAUAUUUAGGAGAUAUGUAGGGGAAAUGCGAUGAGUUUUAGGUGUGAAUUGACAUUUACCACAGCUGCGUAAACAUUCAGCUUUUCUGCCGCGUGCUGUAGCAAAUAUGAGGUUAAGAGGAUCAAAAUGCCC